AUGGACGACCCGGACUGUGACUCGACCUGGGAGGAGGACGAGGAGGAGGACGGUGAGGGCCCGAGCGCCGGGGGCGGCGAGGAUGGCGAGGCCGGCGCCCCGGGGGACGCGGACGCGGAGGACGAGGACGCGGACGAGGAGGACGCGCGGGCGGCGCGGCCCGGAGCGCUCCAGGCCGGGAUGCUGGGGUCCCGAAACUGGCGAGCCAUGCGGGACACGCGCAGGUACCGGCACCACUACCCGGAUUUGAUAGAACGAGAUGGUAACGGUGACAUGCCAAACCUGAGUUUCUACAGAAAUGAGAUCCGUUUCCUGCCCAAUGGCUGUUUCAUUGAAGACAUUCUUCAGAACUGGAGGGAGGACUAUGACCUCCUGGAAGAGAAUCACUCCUACAUCCAGUGGCUCUUCCCGCUGCGCGAACCUGGAGUGAACUGGCACGCCAAGCCCCUCACGCUCCAGGAGGUUGAGGCAUUUAAAAGCUCCGAGGAAGUCAGGGAGCGGUUUGUCCAGGCCUACGAGCUCAUGCUGGGGUUCUACGGGAUCCAGCUGGAGGACCGAGAUACUGGGCAGGUGCGCCGAGCACACAACUACCAGAAGCGCUUCCAGAAUCUCAACUGGCACAGCCACAACAACCUCCGCAUCACGCGCAUUCUCAAGUCCCUGGGCGAGCUGGGCCUGGAACGCUACCAGGCGCCGCUGGCGCGCUUCUUCCUGGAGGAGACGCUGGUGCGCGGCGAGCUGCCGGCCGUGCGGCAGAGCGCGCUGGACUACUUCGUGUUCACCGUGCGCUGCCCGCGCCAGCGCCGGCAGCUGCUGCGCUUCGCCUGGGAGCACUUCCGGCCGCGGCGCAAGUUCGUCUGGGGGCCCCAUGACAAGCUGCGCCGGCUGCGCCCGCCCCUGGCCCCCGACCCCGGGCCAGCCGACGGCGAGGGGAGCCCCGGGGACCCGCUCCGCCAGGCCGGCGCCUCGGGACAGACCUGCGGGCCGGGGCGGGCCGACAGCGGGGACGGCGUGGCCGCGGGUCCCUCGCCGCCGCCGCCGGGCGCUCUGGCGGGGGACCAGGAGGGGGAGGCAGGGGGCAGUGGAGAGGAGGGCCCGGAGCCCCCGAGCCCCAAGGAGAGCAAGAAGAGGAAGUUGGAGGCCAACCGGCGGGAGCAGGCCCCAGCGGAGCCGGGCUCCCAGAGCGCCUCGGACGUGGAGAAGAUCGCUCUGAACCUGGAGGGCUGCGCCCUCAGCCACGGCAGCCUCGGCCGGGGAUCCCAGGAAUUGGGCAUCCAGGCCCCGGGGGAGGCCAAGCAGCCCUGCCCCCAGCCCCCAGGGGCCAAGGUGGCCGAAGAGGUGAGGAAGAGAAGGAAGGUGGACCAGGGCCCCUGGGACGGUGCCUCGGUGGGUGGCGAUGGUGGGGACGGUGGGACCAAAAAGCCAGCCCCUGCCCGGCAUCCUGCCGUGCCGGAGUGCCCUGAGGCUAGAGAGGGUGAGAAUGGGGUGGAGGAGGCUGCCCCCGGGGGCUCAGCCGCCGCAGGACCACCGGUAGAUAAGGAAGCUGAGGUCUGGGGACCCCCGUUGCCGGCUGUUGUCAGCUCCAUGCGGUACUGGCCCCUCCCUGAGGGCCCCUCCCUGAUGGCCACUGUGGCCGCGGCAGCUGCUGGAAGCCAGGAACUUCGGAAUCCUUACCUCGAACUCACGUCCCGCGGCCUCCUCUGUGCCGUGCCCCCGGCCCCGCCCCCCCGCCCGUCUUUGUAA